AUGUUUCAUCAGUCUUUUAAGUUUGCCGCGCUAGUCUCAGCCGUUUGUCUCUGUGCGCUUGUAUCCUCUGUGGUGCCGUUUACAGUCACAUGCACAGGCGGAUAUCAGGGAGGAAGCGAUCCCGCUGAUUGUUGGGGUGACAAAUCGGACGACAGCCAACGCAACUGCGAAAUCGAUAGUUGCUCUAAUGGGGUUCAUAAAUGGGCCCAAAUGGAUAACUGCAGACUUGGAAAUUCGGGCCCCAGUAUACAGCGGUGUGAAGAGUACGAGUGGCAUGCCGAUAACAAAGUAUACUCUUGUUACAACCACGCGAGAUACGAGUACACCUGCAGUCCAAAAAAUCCUGUGUGGAUAACUUGUACAAAUUGCCGUGACGGUACUUGA